AUCGAGUGUAACAAUUCAUGCGCUGCAACUCAGCAAGAAUGAUUUGAAAAGAAUGGGUCAGCCAUGGUUUCAUGUGCAUUUCACAAAGCAACCUACCCCUCAACCUUUGCCUCUGUCCUAACAAAGUGAUGGCUGACUGUGGUUCAAAGUACACUCAACUUACUCUGCGCCAUGCUCUUGUCUCAACGAUCUUACUUUUACGUCUCGGGAUACUGGCAAACGCCAGUCCUGUGUCGAUCGUAAAAGACAAAGGUAACAAGCGUUGCGGGGCAGGUGAGUUCGCUUGUGACGACGGUAUGUGCAUCGACGCCGACUUGGAAUGCGACUGGUAUUACGACUGCAACGACAGGAGCGAUGAGGGUGACGAUUGCCAAUACACAGGAUUCACCUGCGAAGACGGAGAAACCAAGGUGUCCGAAUUGUGGCUCUGUGACGGUCAACCUGACUGCCUGGACGGAUCGGAUGAAAAGAAAGAGAACUGCCCUCAAACAGACGAGUGCUUCACAUUGAUCUGUGACGACAGCACAAAGUGCAUAGAAAGAGCAGAGAUAUGUGAUGGCAUCGAGGACUGUGUGGAUGGGGCAGACGAGCGUCAAGCCAAUUGCAACAGACUGGGGUCUUGUUUUCAUUGCUUAUCUGGCGAGGACUGCAUCAAAUGGUCCUGGGUGUGCGACAGCAUGGCCGACUGCUAUGACUGGUCAGAUGAAACAGCCGACAUCUGCGGAACAAUUGAGGACCGCUGUUGGAAAGGAGCAUUUCCCUGCCAGCACCAGGACUUCUGUGUGCCCCAGGGUUGGCGAUGCGACGAUGAUAAUGAUUGUGGGGACGGGUCAGACGAAACAGACUGUGAUGUGGAGUCCAUCUGGAGCCCCAUCUACGGCUGGAGUUUAUGGAGUGAGUGGUCGGCCUGCAACACAGACUGUGGACCAGGCGAGCGACAGCGCUACCGAGAGUGCCACGAGCUGAGCACUGCAUGCACUGGGAAAGAUGUUCAGGUCGAGGGCUGUCAGUUGAAAGAGUGUAUCCAAGAAAAGGACACAGGAUGUGGAACAAGGAGAUUGCCAUCAUUCCAGAUAUUCGAAAAGCGCAUUGUGGGUGGCAUCGAGGCAGUGGCUGGUUCCUGGCCCUGGCAAGCCCAGCUCAUCCACAGGUUCAAGAGCGGAAGGCAGGUGGCUAUCUGUGGCGGGACGCUGGUGAGGGAGAACAUUGUCGUUUCGGCUGCCCACUGCUUCAUGAAAUCAAUGAAUGAUGUAACAACUUGGAGGGUCCACCUCGGCAAGCACACUAUUGACCUCCACCUGUCCAAGGGCGAGCAGGAGGCCAAAAUCAAACACAUCAUCAAGCACAAGGGCUUUAACACCAAGACAAUGCGCAACGACCUGGCUGUCUUGGUCCUGGACAGAUCCCUGUCGCUGGACAGCGAGCAGGUCAACGUGGCCUGCCUGGACAAGGAGUUGGACAUGUCCAACAAGAUCCACUGCCUUGUGACAGGAUGGGGAUUGACGGAAAUGGGAGGGCGGCAAGCCAGGAAGCUUCAGCAGGCCUGGGUGCCAAUACUACGCCAGAGCCAGUGUAACCACAAGGAUGUCUACAACGGGAUAAUAGCUAGCAGCAUGAUAUGCGCAGGCUAUUUGGCUGGCGGAAUUGAUGCUUGUCAAGGGGAUUCAGGUGGUCCAUUGAUGUGUGAGCUGUCCGACGGCCGCUGGCACCUUGUUGGGAUCACCAGCUGGGGGCGAGGGUGCGCCAUGGCCAACAAUCCUGGGGUAUACACCAAAGUGGCACACUAUGCGCAGUGGAUUGAAGGCAAAAUAAAGGAACAUGGAUCUCCUUAACCAAACUAAAACUAAAGGGAUUAAAAGAUGCUGUUUAAACCUUAUGAAACUCAACAAAUUGGGGGGUAUUAGCCAGGGUUUGUAUAACAUGUGAUUACGAUUUUCCCUAAUCAUGUUGCAUUUUCACAGACCAAUUAUAAACCUGUCAAUUAUAUUGCAUUCCUGAGUGGUACGGUACUCACAUGCAUGUCAGAUUCUUAAAUCUGGUAAAUAUGCACCUUGUGCAUACAUGUGUAUAUGACCGGCACAUGAGCAUAGAAUCACCUUUGCUUCUGUGGCUAAAACUGAGGCUUCUGGCUGUGACUGGAAUAAUACGGAAGCCUGUGGAAGCCAAUUACAAUGUACAUGUACAUGUAUGUAGUCACUUUCCAGGGGCAAGUGUGUUGUGAGCCUGUUCAUUUGGACGUUGCAAGAACUGUGGUUGAUGAAAUAGUCUGUGCACAGUACAUGAUAAACAAAUGCUUCAAAUAUGCUUCUAUUUAAAAUAUCAAAUCACGAAUAAUUUGUUUUUUUAACUUGUGAUGUACAUGCCUUCAACUGGGUCAUUUUAUUGUCAAAUAAAUUAUCAGUAUCUCAAUAUGGCUAAUCAGUACAAACGAAAGCACAUCAUACUGAACUCUAAAGCAAUAUGUAAUAUUUAAGGUAGGAAAAACAGGCUUUAUGUUGGUAGAAUCGUGGUUACUCAUGAAGUAUUUAAUCAAUGCAAUGACGCUGUAUUGAAAUCACACACACUGCCAGAAAGUAAUUUUUUCUGUGUACUUCCUGUCUGUAUCACUCCCAAUAUUACUGUCGGCCAUUUCUACAGUGCUAUCAGAUUUGAAAAUAGAAUAUUGGAUCAUCUGCUUCAAAAAACAUGCUGCUUCAUGUCUGAUAAUAAAUACUUGCAAAUGAACACUCCUAAAAUAUCAAAUCCUAAAACUGUAGUAAUAUCACACCGUAAAAAACAAGUUUGGUAUGUUAUACAAGGGAAGGAAAUGUACUGCCGUAUUGAUACACUUUCAGCAGUUUGGCUAAUAUUGAGCAAUAAAAUUUGGCAUUCCAUUCAAGAACUGA